AUGAUCUGUGGGUCGGGUUUUGAGUUAAAGAUUGCCCCGACCCGAACGAGGGCUACUGACCUGUUUGAAACACUAGGACUGGGGCAGACACAAACAGUUGUCCUCUUAACCUUACCGUCAAUUAACUCAAUAAUAUAUACCAAGGGAAGAACUCGCCGCCAAUGGACUGGAGCAGACACGAGUAACUUCUGUAAAGUUAAUAGAAUAACUGUCGCCGCCAAUGGACUGGAGCAGACACGAACAGUUAUCUUCUUAACCUUACCGUCAAUCAACUCAAUAAUAUACACCAAGGGAAGAACUCGCCGCCAAUGGACUGGAGCAGACACGAAAUAA